CCGUGACCAUCUGAUGUUUAAUUUAAAAAAAAAAAAAAAAAAUAUUCUAAAAUUGUGGGCUCGGAAUUCUCGGGAUGGAAAUGACGCCAUUCUGGCGUGUUCAGUAGUGCACUGCUUUCAAAGACCAAACCCAGUUAGAAGAAAAAAGAAGAAGACCAAAUCUCUAUGUUCUGUUUGUAAUCAGGUACUAUUCAUUGGAGCCACCCUCGCUGCUAAGGAAGCUGGUGCGGUAGACGACUGCUGGACGCCAACACCUUUUCAAGUUGUAGAAGACCUCGGUCUAACGUUCCCAAAUUAGUGAGUAACCAUAACGCAGAUCUCACUCAUCAUAUUUUAGAUGAUGUGACAUGCAUUUAACCUCAGUGUGUCAAGAGGCAAUUCUGUACAACAUGUCAUGAGGCUGUUCUGUACACCAUGUAAUGAGGCUGUUCUGUACACCAUGUCAUGAGGUUAUUCUGUACACCAUGUCAUGAGGUUAUUCUGUACACCAUGUCAUGAGAAUAUUAUGCACAGCAUAUCAUAUGGCAAUUCUGUGCAACAUGCCAUGACACUAUUCUGUACACUGUGUCAUGAGUCUUCUCUGUACAGCGUGUCAUGAGGCUGUUCUGUACAACAUGUCAGGAGGUUAUUCUGUACAACAUGGCAUGAAUCUGUUCUGUGCAACAUGUCAUGACGCUGCUCUGUGCAACAUGUCAUGAGGUUAUUCUAUAAAACAUGUCAUGAGGCUGCUCUGUGCAACAUGUCAUGAGGUUAUUCUGUACAACAUGUCAUGAGGCUGUUCUGUGCAAAAUGUCAUGAGGCUGCUCUGUGCAAAAUUUCAUGAGGUUAUUCUGUACAACGUGUUACUAGGCUAUUCUGUAUGACACUACUAUUGCUUAUGUAUACAAUUUUGAACAAAAUUAUUAAUAUUAAUUUUAAUUUUUCAAAUCCUAUUUCAAUAAAUAAUAAUAAAAAAUAAAAAUUAAAAAUCAAAUUUUCUUGAAAAAUUAACAAGAAUUUUUAUAUCACGUAAGUUUUAGCUGAACAGGAAAUAACUGCUCUAAUUGGUUCUUUUUGACUUGUUUUGUUGGCUAAGGAAGUCAUUCGACGAAAAGUCUGCGUAAUUGUUUUGUUUAGUUAGCGGAGGAAGGCGCUCAGACGAAAAGUCUACGUAACUUUCGUUUGCCCUUGGGUGAUGAAGACGUCCAUACGAUGAGACCGUGCUACGUAGUUCAAAAUUUCGACAUGACUUGUUUAAAUUAGCUCAAUGACAUUCCGAUCAUUCACAUGGCAGAUGGCAUUUUCUUUUUUUUUCUAGAAUCUAGUUAAAACCACAAGAUAGUUUAGCUAGUAAAAUAAUCACUGGGUCAUAGGGUCAGAAUGAUUUCGACUAUUUAAAUUUAGUUCACUAACAUUUUUUUUUUUAAAAAUGCAAACAGCCCAAUAGAAUGUUACAGAGUCAACCGUAAGCCUGUCACCAUCGUGCCCGAGUACUGCGACAAAAACCAAGUUACGCCAUUUCGGUAAGUAUCAUCUUACGUUAGCUCUUGCACUGAAUUACCAACGAUAUCUUCAGCUUUAUGCUUACUUGCUUCGCUGGAGUUAAGUCUUUCGUUUCAGGUUGCACUGGAAAAUCCCAAUGGAGCAUUUCAGUGAGUCAAAACUUGGGCAUUUUCACUUUACUCAUCAUAAAAUACAAAUUACUGAGACAUAAAAAGAGCCAAUACUCUCUAACUCACUUCUAUGAAAUGUCAAUACUCUCUAAAUCACCUCAAUGAAAUGUCAAUACACUCUCACCUCUAUGAAAUAUCAGUACUCUCUAACUUAUUUCUGUGAAAUGUCAAUACUCUCUAACUCCUUUUUAUGAAAUGUCAAUACUCUCUAACCCACUUCUAUUAAAUGUCAGUACACUCUAACUCACUUCUAUCACAUGCCAAUACUCUCGCGAUCACCUCUAUGAAAUGUCAAUACUCUCUAACUCACUUUUAUGAAAUGUCAGUACUCUCUAACCCACCUAUAUUAAAUGUAAGUACACUCUAACUCACUUCUAUGACACGUCAAUACUCUCGAACUCACCUCUAUGAAAUGUCGAUACUCUCUAACUCACUUCUAUGAAAUUUCAAUACUCUCUAACUCACUUUUAUGAAAUGUCAAUACUCUCUAACUCACUUCUAUGACACGUCAAUACUCUCGAGCUCACCUCUAUCAAACGUCGUUCGUCUGAGACACAUAUUUUCUAAUCGGAAUUUAUAUUUAAACAAAAAAGAAGUUACAUAGCUUCUCCAUCCAACAAUCUCGUUUCAUUUUAUUCGCGUUACCCUAAUCUUGAGUCCUGGGAUUAUCCCUAAGUUGUCACCAGUAUUUGGCAAAUAUUCUUUAUCAAUGGCUCUCUCCUUUCCUACAGAGAGUGCUGUGAUAAAAAGAAGAACUUCGAAUGCACGUGGGAUAAUAUCCGGUGUCCAGGCUUAAUCUUGUAUUACGACAUGUAUUGCCAGAUGAUCAAUAAUCCCACCAAGCUGCCGAAAUACGCCCAGUGCUCGUGAGUAAACUGCAGUACAUAGAAAUUGAGGUGUAUAUAUUUUUUUUUAAUCUGUCUUUUUGCUCGUUGAUUGGAUAGGCAUGGCCGUUUCACUAUCACAUGACCUGAAGGAAGUUUCAUAAAAAAUGGACUUAAUCAAAAUGUGAAAAAAUGCGUUUAGUUGCUUGGCGUUUUUUGGAAAAUGGAGAAAAGAGGGGGGGGGGGGGCGUUUGACUGCUUAACUUGUGAUUACGAGUUACGAGGUUUCUCAACACAAAAAAAAAGAAAAACUCUAUUAGAAAAAAGACAACAUCUAGUUGACAAUAUAAUCUGAUGCUUAAGAAGUUCGCCCUAGUAUUUCGAAAACAGAAGAAAAAAAUCCUUUUAAUGUUAAUAUCGUUCCUUUGAAAUGUCCAGAAAUUCAUCCUUAACGACUGCAGUACAUUUGUUCAUUUAGUUUGGCGGGAAAGGACUCCAGAUGAAUCCUGGUGGAAAUUUAAAUCUCUGAUCAGAUCACUCGAUUCAUUCUGUGCUCAAAAUAUGCACUUUGGGAUAGUGUUAGAACCUCCCCCCUCCCCUCCCCCCCCCCUCUUUUUUUUUCACUGCCCCCAAUUUCUUUACUAUAUGCGAUGUAAGAAAUGCAAGGUUGAACAUCAUCACAAAUAAGGAUCGGACUCAAAAUCCGAGUCCAGAACAUGUCUCCUUGCUGAAGAUGGAUCAGGAUAAGACAAACUGUCAUAUGUGGGAUGUAUCAUCCAAAAUGUGUUUAGUUUUGCAAAAAUAUCUUUCUUCAAAUAGUUCUUCAAGUGAAGGAUGUUUAGUUUGUGGUAUGUUCCUAGUCGGUUUAUGCGGUGUUUAAUAUUAGACGUUAAAUUCCCACACCAGCAGGUAAUACUGAAAUUAAGCAGGCUUCCAAUUGUUGCAAUGUAGAAUAAGUUAACGAAUUGCUUGUUUACUCCAAAAUUGUACAGUUUUUUUGAGGUAGAACAGUCUUUCAUUGAAUUUCUUAUACAGCAUUUGGCCGUGCUCAUGCCAUGUUAGCUUAUUAUUAAUGGUGACACCUAAGUACUUGUAUGCCUCCACUUUCUCCACAUUUUGAUUUUUUUAUGUUGAGAUCUGUAAUCUGGUGUUUCUCCCUCCUGAAAUCAACAACCAUUUCUUUUGUUUUUGAGACAUUCAACUGGAGAAAAUUUUCAUCGCACCAAUUUAUAAAGCUUGUAACUAAGCUGUGGUAUAGGCCUUCUCCUUCAGAUAUUAAGCCAACAAUGGUGGUAUCAUCAGCAAAGUUUAAGAUUUUAACGCCAUUUGUAUGUAUUGUAUACAGUACAGGAGAGAUAAUGCAGCCUUGUGGUGCGCCGUUGCUUACUUCUCUGGUUAGAGACACUUGGUUAUUUACUUUUACAUAUUGUGGUCGAUUUGUUAAAAAAGUUCAUUAUCCAAGCCUGAAUAUUUAAAUUGACACCUAACGAGGAAAGUUUCUUUAUCAUAAGGUGUGGUUGGAUAGUGUUAAAUGCUGAUGAGACGUCUAAGAAAAGCACUCUGGCAUAUGUUUUAGGACUGUCUAGGGGAUGGUAAAGUCUCUCCAACAAUAGUAAGAUUGCGUCCUCCGUACUUAUGGCAGGUUUGUAAAAUGACAAUCAGUGAUGCGGCUCUUGGUUCCCUCCAAUCGACUGUGGCUCUAAAUUACUGGUAGUUUCUCUUCUACUCCCCGGCCGAACCAAACCUUUUGCAUACAAUAUGAAGACACAACUGCACAAUUUAACCUCAAGCUUGUCACUCAAUAACUUACAGACGCGCUAUUUGCCAAACUCAUGAAUAGGUUUCCUACAAGUUGGAAAUAAAAUCUGUUUUCAAAUGUCUUAAAAAGAUCAUUGCUGAGAAACAAACAAAAACAAAAAGAAAAAUUGAAAUAUAAGAAAAUCGUGAUUUACCAACUAAAAGUGUUUACAUAACUAGUUCAUGAAUCAAAAGGGCAUCAAUUUUGUACAUCAUCUACACAAUUUUAGGGCUUAGGAUAGAAAGGAAGGUUUAACAUCUGUUUACACACACACACACAGUUGGUAAAUUAAGCACAUACACAGCCGAUUUUUAAAAAAAGAAAUCUCGGACACGUAGAUCUUAUUUAUAGCGGAUAUAUAUUUUUUUUUCUCUUCUUAAAAUUCAUCCUUAUCUUCAAAACUGGAGCUAUUGCGAAAAAAUCUGUUACGAUUUUAGGAAUCAGCGCACAAAUGAACCCAUUACAUCCGGCAUACACUAAGAAACUAUUGAUCUUCUUGUCGGCUCGUGAAAUAGUUGUAACAGCUGUUAUAUCCCAAAUAGUUUAAAGAAUCAGAUAUCCCUCACUUGGUGAAUAAAUCAGCUGCACCUAUUAUUUUAAUAAAUCGGCUAUCCCUAAUGGUUAAAUGAAUAAGCUAUCCGUAAGGGUUUUUUUUUUCAAAAAUAGGUAUCCUUUUUCGUUGUCUAAGCAAUCUAUCCCUCACAGCUGCAGUCAAUGCGUCAAUUCCACCGAUGCUGCUGGUCGGAACGACUGUCCCUUGCGCCUCGGGAAAUGCGCCCCAACGGCCUUGAAGUACAUCCCAGUCACCAUGAUUUGCUACGAUUUGUAUACUCAAAGAUUCAUUUGUAUAAAUCUAGACAUGUGCCUCCCCAAGAAGUGAGUUAUUUAUAAAUACAGAAAUGAACCUUUGACGAAGAGGGGAAAGUGUGUCUUAGAUAUUUGCUCUUUCUAUCGGGGAGUUGUAGCAUGAGUCUUCCUUAUAAAUUGUCUGACAACUACGCUAUUCAGGGGGCAAUAUUGCCUUUAAUUUCCUUCUAUUAUAAUAUAUGAAAGGAUUAAACGCAACACGUUAUGUUCGUUUGGAGUUGAUUCUUUUUAAAAAAAGCAAAUAACAACAGUAUCGCUAUUCAGACUAUUAAAAAAUAAGUUAGCGUCUUGGAUAAAACUUUGUUAAGACGUAAAAUAUGCCAAUGUCAACUCUUUAACUGAACAAAAAUAGGUCAUCACCAUGCUGGAUAGAAUUGCUUAAAUGCCGCACGUGCAGCCAUAGGUCCAAUUUUCAAAGUUUAUACACCGUGUCAUCUUAUUUUAUUUGGCCCAGAUAGCCAUAAAUUCAUGCUGGCAUUAACUUAACUGACCCACACAGCCAUAAAUUCAUACUGUCGUUAGCUUAACUGACCCAGAUAGCCAUAAAUUCAUACUGGCGUUAGCUUAACUGAGCCAGAAAGCCAUAAAUUCAUACUGGCAUUAGCUUAACUGGUCCACUUAGCCACAAAACUGUGCUAGGCUGACCACAUAACUCUUAAAAAACGAAUCGAUUUUAAUACAAUUGGAUUCUGCAAAACAAUGGUGGGGAUUGUCUAUUAUUUUGCGGAAAUCGAAUCCAUUUAUAAAUAAUAAAAACAAAGUAUAAGUUGAAGUAUUAUAAUUAUAAUUUAGAAAUACAUUUAAAAUAACUAAAUACAAUCAUAUUAAGCGUUUUAUCUGGAUAAAGAAUUUAAGAUAGUCUUUUUAUUAGUAAAAAAAAAUUAAUAUUGAUAUUAUUAAAUAAUAAAAAUUCAUAAUCACAUUUAUCGGGAUAACGCAAACAAUUGUUGUUGUUGUUUUUUUUUUUAAUAUUGUUAUUAUAUUGUGAAAAUAAAUUUAAAUGUAUGUGAUCCAAAGGUAUUAAAACAAUAUAAAAUAAAAAUAAAAUAUUUGAACUCGAAAGAGAUAAAAAUCCGAAUGAUCUGAUAGGAACGUAGUUUAAAACUCUCAACUCCAAAGCGUCAAAUUUCCUUGAGCUAGUAAUCGCGUGGGACUACAUAGAUGUUUUUUUUUCUCCUUUUUAAAAAUGAAAUAUUAUUGAUUCAUCUUUAAAUUGUUAAUUAAUACAUUACACCCAAUUUUAGCGUUCUAUUUUUUAACUUUUAACUAAUUUUACUUAUUUUCCAUUUCAAAAAUGUGUUAUUGUUUUUUCUCAAUUUUAUAAAGUGAUCAAAAGUUAACGUUUUAAAAUAUUUUUUAAUAAGAAAAUGCAGUUAAGCCCUUACAUAAAAGUAAUGAAAAUUCAUAACCAAAUGCCACUCGACCAAUUCACUUAUCACUCGACCAAAUCAGAAAUAACCAUUUGAAGGGGCCAAUUGAUUCAUUUCGAUGUUAAAAUCACAAAACACAAUUUAUGAUACAGAUUGAAACUUUAGCAUAGGUUUUUAAUGUUAAAAAGAAAUAACCCAAAUCGUUCACUACAAAAGGGAGAUGUCAGAGGAACUUUUUCUUUUUGAAAGUGUAAAACAAUACGCGGGUAAAUGGGACCUGGGGGAUUUAGAAUUUUAUUACAGUUUAGAGGGUCGUCGAGACAUUGUGUGGUUACGUACGUAGUGGACGACUAUGUGUACAUGUCUCUUUAUUAACAAUGGGUAUAUUUACCUAAGUGUACCCCUACCUCGGAAACAAAACCCAUCUCAAAAUCCAAUCAUUUUACACACGUCAAAAUGCAUUCUUAAAAAGUGAGCCAUAUUUUGAUGAGCGUGAAGAAAGAUGGAUUAAAGAUUUUCUUUCUUCAAAAUAUCAAAAUGUUUUUUUCAUCAUCUUGUUUUGACUUCGUCUUCACUAGAUGUGGUUGCUUUACUUGAAAUGGAAAGUUACAGAAAGUUCAACUCCAAGUGACCAAUGGCUCAGAGAAAACUACUCACAUUGUAUUUGGAUCAAUUAAAUUGGCCAAUUAAAAAUGUUUGGAGUCUUGACAUCCUCUUUUUCUGUGUUUUUGUCCAUUUCUAGAUUUCGUCUUGUUGGUCAAUGUCCAGAUUGCAUGUUGUAUAAACAUGUCCAGAUUGCAUGUUGUUUGAUAAUUCCAGAUUGCAUGUUGUUUUUUCAUGUCCAGAUUGCAUAUUGUUUGUCCGUGUCCAGAUUGCACCUUGUUUGUCCAUGUCCAGAUUGCACGUUGUUUGUCCGUGUCCAGAUUGCACGUUGUUUGUCCAUUUCCAGAUUGCACCUUGUUUGUCCGUGUCCAGAUUGCACGUUGUUUGUCCAUGUCCAGAUUGCACCUUGUUUGUCCAUGUCCAGAUUGCACGUUGUUUGUCCUUGUCCAGAUUGCACCUUGUUUGUCCAUGUCUAGAUUGCACGUUGUUUGUCCGUGUCCAGAUUGCACGUUGUUUGUCCAUGUCCAGAUUGCACGUUGUUUGUCCAUGUCCAGAUUGCAAGUUGUUUGUCCGUGUCCAGAUUGCAUGUUGCUUGUCGAUGGCUAGCUUGAAUAUACAGUAUACACAAUGAUCAGUGAUAGGGGAGAGAAGAUCCAUCUUUAAGACGCGUCAAGCAAUCUCGCCGCAUUUAAGAACGUGUCACAUUGAAAAGGUGCAUCAAUAAAACUGAUCGUUGACCAGCUCACGCGAUACGCCAUUAAAUCUCGACCCAUGCAGUUAGGCGCUUUUAAUGGGCACUUAACUCACGUUACCUGUUGCAGAUUAAAAUUGGUAAAAUUACGAAAUCCUUUUAUGGACAAAUAAUUUAGAUUUGAUGGGAUCUUAUAGUACGGAAGAAGAAAAAAAAACAUGAAGUCUUUUAAAGUCGAUCUGAGGUGGAUACCCCUUAACCUUUACUUAGUAGAACAAUAUUCAUAUUGGCUGAGCUCAUAGUUAUGUGCAGUGUCCUCCAACUCAUAGAUGUGACGUCAUCUAAAUAUAAUUGAAGAAUAUAUUUAAAAUUAACUAAAUAUUCAUAUGUCAGAUGAAAUGUUUUUGAUGUUAUUAUGCACGUAAUUAGCGGGAUGUUGUGUGUCAAAAAUAGCGACAUUGUACACAAACAAGACAUCGCCACUGGCUCACAACUUUGCCGCCCUAUUAAUAGAGAAGAUCAAGAGAAAGUACUAAUAAAAUAGAUCAAACGGAACCAGUCAAAGAAAUAGUAG